AUGGCGUCGAAGCUAUCAAUCGUGUCAUUGCUUGUGUUGCUCGCCCCCCUUUCGUACCAGCUCUUCUUCCGAGAUCUAUUUUUCGCAACCCUCGGAUGGGGCCGUGUGAUUCUUCCAGUCUCGGCCUUUCCAUACAAAUGUCAUAGAAUCACAGGAGAUCAAAAUGUCCAGGCCUGUGAGGACAUGUGGUUGGAUGAGAAAUCGAGGACGUUGUUUCUCGCCUGUUCGGACGCGUUGUCUAGAAAAGAGUGGAAUCCAAAUGUUCACCGUUUGAACGCAUCUGGACGGGGUCUGAACGAUCACAUUGUUGCCAUGAACAUCGAUAACCCCGCAACUGCUGGAGGUUUCACGUACCGUGUCCUCAAAACUCCAGGAUUUGGUGGUAUUGCUGGCGAUGGGACAAUCAACGUCAUGGGGAUGACAGGCACCACGUCUGCGGAUGGCUCAGACAUCAAUCUUUGGCUGAUCAAUAACCGUCCAUCUGUCGAUGCUGCCACUGGAGAAGUGCUUGACAAUGCAAUCGUCGGAGCAAACUCGACCAUUGAUGUCUUCUCCACUACUCCCGGGGCAGAAUCCAUGAAACAUGUCAAGACCUUCGCCAACCCUCAAAUUGCAACACCUAACAAUCUCGCCGUCCAGAAAGAUGGUGGCUUCUUUUUCACAAACGAUCACGGACUUCAUAAACUUGGCUUGCAACACCAGCUUUCUCCUGUUCUAGGUACUGGCGAUCUCUCAUAUUGUUCAGCAGAGGGCGCCUGCAGGAAGCUGGAAGGCGGUUUCAAGUUUCCGAAUGGACUUCUCCUUGGAAGCGACGGCCUCGUUUAUGUUCCUGGAGCCGUGGUGGGAGGAAUAACCGUUUUCAAGCCUGGAGCGGGUGGCUCGGUCACGAAAGUUCACUAUAUCGAUCUUAACUACCCAAUUGACAACCUUUCCGAAGAUGCGAAUGGCGAUCUUUAUGCAGCAGCAAUGCCGAAAGUACUUGCUGGCGUCGCAAGUUUGGAUGACCCAGUGCAUGGGCCAAUUCCGCCUGCGACAGUCUGGAGAGUGAGGCGAUUGAACCGGGAGGCCAGGGACAAGUAUGAGUAUUCAUUGACGAAAAUCAUUGAGGACCGAGAUGGAGAGGUGCUCCCAUUCACAACGACCGUUAUUCACGACGCUUCCACGGGAAGACUGUUCAUGAUUGGUAGGAUCUAG